AUGAGGGGCAAAGUGCGCUCGGCGCUUAAACCUUGUCACAUCACCAGUACUCACAAUGCCUUCUUGGAUAAGCACCCGUAUGCAUACAAGAAUCCUAGAACAAGAAAGCAAUAUGAGAAGCCGGCGGAUAUCUCUGUGAAAGGGGCAAAGCAUUACCGUCAAGCCUAUGAUACGCAUUAUCAGAAGGCGGGUGCGCCUGCUCCGCCUAUAAGGCAAGCCCCGUAUGGUACACACGGCUCUUCUACUGCUGCAACUCCAGGCGUCCCUAGUCUGCAGCCGUCGCUGCCUGUCCCUCCUCCUCGGCGAGCAGAAAACUCGAGGAUCCCCAGUCCAAGUGAGGCCUAUGGACAAGCCCCUUACAAGACUCAACCUCCUAGUGUUCCCUACACGCCAGCCACCUACCGCCAGCCGGAAUCUAUGUCUGUCCCGCCUCCUCAGCGCUCCCAAUACACCAGCACUCCCACUGCGAGCGAGGCCUACGGGCGCUCUUCUAGUGUUAGCACGCAUGCUACUUGCCGCCAGCCAGCAUCAGCUGCUACUGCUCCCCCUCGUCGCGCUCAAGACCCCAGAAUCCCUAGCCCAAGUGAGGCAUACGGGACCUCUGUGUCGACCCCUUACGGUCAACAGCCUCCGGUAUCUGCUCCUCUCCCUCCUCAUCUAUACGGACCAAGACUUCCCAGCCCAGAAAAAGCCUACAGGAGCAAUGAUUCUUCUCGAAGCAUGGACCGCCGACAGUAG